UUAUAUAUUUUGUUUAAUGUGAAAGAAAUGAAAAAAAAAAUGGGAUUCCCAAUCGCAAACUAUCCACUAGUUGUAUUUUGACUCUCACUCUUCAUUCGUAUUUCGGCGGCUAAGGUUCGAUUUCGGAUAACUCUCCUUAAUUAUAAUUCGAUACUUCAAAAGACUUAACUCUCAUUUAUUUCAAACAUCGUUUUAAACCAAACAACCAAAGUGAAAACGAAUUUAUAUAUACUUUGCGCCCAAUCGAUCGUUAGUUUGUGAUUUUCAACCAACCAUUAAAUUCUCAUUAAAUUCCUAAAAUAUAAUGAAUUCUUAUGAAAAAUUGACUUCUCAUUUAGUAAACGUUUCUAACUGCAUCUAGAUACUUAAAAUAUUUCUGCGCAAAUCCAACAAAGUUCAUUUUUACGAGUGGAAAUAAUUAAAAAUUUUUAAAAAAGAUACAAAAACAGCUGUGAUAAUGAUUUGAUACUUUUUUUAGUGUUUACUCUCCCCCUCCAUUCAAACUCACAAUCUUAAAAAUCCACAGAUAGAUAGUGUAUCUUUUUGAAUCCCAAUAUAAUCUAUCUAACUGCUGUUUUAAUUUUUGUUUUAUUUUAUUUACUCAAUUGUAUCUAUACAAACAGGUGUUUGGCUCUAAUAAUAUCAGUACGGGGUAGUGCAAAAAAAAUAAUAAUAAAAACAUACAUCUUCUUUCAAAUUAAGAUACAAAAAUAUCUAUAACUAAAAGUUAAUUUAAAUUUAUUUGCACUAGCGUGAGCGUAAAAAAAAAGAUACAAAACUAUCUAUCUAUCUAUCUGUGUGCAGUCAGUCAUUUUUCUGUGUUCCAAACAAUCAACAACAACUUGCAUUAGAAUUCUUGUGUGAUGAUCGUGAAACGCGUGGAAUAAAACGUUCAAGGUCAAACUUUUUUCCUAACCAACCCCACAGUGUGUUUCUAUUCUAUUCUAUUGCUGCCUAUUGUCAUUUUUAUUCAACAACAACAAAAAAAAGUAUCUAUACUGGCUGAGUGUGUGUUAGAGAGGGUUCUAAAAAAGUGGCUUUUUCUUGUGUGAAACUAUAUUGGAAUUGUUUGUCAGUUUAAAGCUUUUUAUAUAUUUUCUUCAAGUGGUGCGCCUUACCCCGUGUUUGUGUGUUGUUCGUUUUGUAUUUUACGCGAUAGCAUCACAAAUCGCCUUCUUGUCGUGUCGGUCAUCUGAAGUGGCUUUAAUUACUAUCUAUACUCAUUUCUGUUGUUUUAGAUAUUUUUUUUUUUUGUUCUAUCAAGACUUAUGUCAAGUGUUUCUUGAGAUUCUCUAAUACCAGUUUAUUUGAAAGCUUUCUUGUUCUAUUGAUAUUCAUAAGAUGUUCACAUAUUAAGUGGCAAACAAGUGUGUGUUUCUUAACAGUUUAUCAUACUUUUUGCAUAUAAACAUAAACUUAAAAAAAAUCUAUGAAUGAAGUCCUUACCAAUGAGGAUGGAUUAUCAAUUGCCUCCACCGCCACCGCAGACCUUACAAAUUGGUCCAUCGCAGGUGCAAGUGCAACAAACUCAUUUGCAAAUUUUGCAAAAUGUUCAUCAGCAACAUCAACAACAGCAGCAACAGCAACAACUUCAACAACAGCAACAACAAAUUGUUGGAACAAUGCAACCACCAGCAACAUUGCCACCCUUAAGUUCGUUACCUUUACAAGUUGUUCAUAAUUUACCACAUUUACUUGGUAAUACAAAUGUUGUUAAUACUACCAAUAAUGUUGCAAAUACAAAUCCAACAACAAACAAUAACAACACGAAUCUACGAAAUAACAAUGGCAACAAUACUUUGCAACCAUUAAAUGGUUUAGUAGGUGGUUUACCACCGAGUAGUCAACUUUUACAUCAUCAUUUGCAACAUUUAGCAAAUGCAAAUAAUAAUAACAAUAAUAAUAAUCCAAAUACUCCAAAUAAUAAUACAACAACAAAUAAUAAUAAUCUCAUUACGAAUAAUAACAAUAAUAAUAAUGGUGGCAAUGUUGCUGAUGAAAAUAAUCGAUGGACACAAUUUCAAGUGCAACAAUUAUGGAAACAUCAUGCAUCCUAUUUGAAUGGAAAAUCAGGGAACAGCAAGGAGAUAUGCGGUGACGAUAAAUUUAAAGAAGAUGGUGAUCCAUGGAAUGUUGAAGCACAGGCCGCCUUCCUAGGGCCAAAUUUAUGGGAUAAAACAUUGCCAUACGAUGCUGACCUCAAGUAUGCCGAUUUAGAUGAAUUCCUAUCGGAAAAUAAUAUUCCCGAUGGAUUGCCGGGAACACAUUUGGGACAUAGUACCGGUUUGGGACAUCGAUCGGACUCAUUGGGACACUCAACCGGUUUAUCGCUGGGCCUCGGACACAUAACAACAAAACGUGAACGAUCACCAUCACCGUCGGAUUGUAUUAGUCCGGAUACUCUUAAUCCACCAUCACCAGCUGAAUCAAUAUUUGAUAUUUCAGCGUUUUCAUUUGCAUCGUCGGGACGGGAUUUCGAUCCACGUACCAGAGCGUUCUCAGAUGAAGAACUUAAACCCCAACCAAUGAUAAAAAAAUCAAGAAAACAAUUUGUUCCAGAUGAACUUAAAGACGACAAGUAUUGGGCCAGACGCCGAAAGAACAAUAUCGCUGCGAAAAGGUCACGAGACGCACGCCGACAGAAAGAAAAUCAAAUUGCCAUGAGGGCUAGAUAUUUAGAAAAGGAGAAUUCAACUUUACAUCAAGAAGUUGAACAAUUGAAACAAGAGAACAUGGACUUGCGAGCACGUCUAUCCAAAUUCCAAGAUGUGUAAUGUCGGCCCCAUUCUUAUACUACUUAUUUAAAUAAUAUAAAUAAAUCAAAAUUAUUAAAUGAAAAAAUUCAGAAUAUUUUUAAAGUGAAUAAAAACAAAAAACAAAACAAAAAAAAAAAACAAACAAAAAAUUAUAAAUAAUGCAGCUAAAUUAAUGAAAAAUUAAAGAAAAAAUAAAAAAAAAAUAAACAAAAAUGUAGCUUAAGUUAUAUUGUUAUUAUAUUAUUAUGAUUGAGAGCAAUUAUAUACAUACAUACAUAUACACAACCAGAAAAGAAAAAACGUUAAAAAAAACUAACAUUCAUAAACAAAAAAAUAAAGAAAAACACAGUACGGGAUUGCAAAUAAUUUAAAUAAACAACAAAAACAAUUAACGAAUAAAUUUAAAAACAACAUAAAAAAAUAUCAAUUAGUAAAAUAAAAUGCAAAAGUUAAAUUAUAAAGGUACAUUUGUAAAUUUAAAAAUAAGGAAAAACAAAAUCAACAAAAACAAAAAAUACUGAAGUAGAGAAUAUUCUAUAGUUAUUCCUGCUGACGCUUACUAAAAAUAAAUUAAAAACAAAUAAAAUAUGUUAAAAAAGAAAUCCUAAGGCAAAAUAAAAUGCAAAAGAAAUAUUUAAAGAAAAAAAAACUUAAAACUUGUACCUAAACAAAAAAAAAAAAUUGUUAACUUCUUUUUGUUGUAUUCUUUUUAAUUUUUCUUUCUUUCACUUACUUCUUUUUGGCGCAAACGUAUCGUAUAUAAUUCAUUUUUAAUUGUUCUUUUUCUUUCUUUAACUAAAACAUUAGUUUGUAUAAAAUGAUCUUUUCUUUAGUUGGGAUACAUCGCAAUGUUUUUUAUUUUUACUAAAGAUUUGUUUUUUUUUAUUUUUUAUUAAAAAAUACAAUUUUAAAAAAUAACUAAUUCAUAAGUAUAUUUUCUUUUAUUUAUGUUCUUAAAUGUAAAAUAAUUCUUUUAAUAUUUAUUUUUUACUUUCAUUGAAAAUAAAAAAAAAAAAAAAACAAAACGAAAUAUAAUAAAAAUGAGUCAAUUGAUUAAAACUUGGUUAUAAACUAUAUUCUUAUCAUAAAUAAUUAUUAUUAUUAUAUUUAAAAUAUUUUAUUUUUAUUGAAUUUUGUUUUAUUUUUUAAUUUAUAGAUGUAUACUCUCAAAAUAGAGAUUUAAUUGAGAAACAAAAAAAAAAUAGCUGUUUAACUAGAUUAAAACAAAAAACAAAAACACUUAAUAUUGAACACAUGCUUUAAAAAUAAACAAAAAAAAAAUAAUAA